AAGUGGUGAAAAAAAUAAUAUGCCAACGAAACUAGAGGGUACAAGGAACGUUUUUCAAGCUAAAAAGGAAGACAUUUGAAAACUAUUAUGAUGGCACGGCAAAAUCUGACAAAUAAAUCGACAAGUUUGCUUUACGGCAUUGUGGGUAAAACUUCUUAUGGUCCAUGGGUUAUAGAUAUUUUGUACUUCAUGGUGAAAAGUCCACACUCGUCGCGACCGAAUGCAGCUAGAAGUCGUCAGCAGAUAUAAUAACAAAACAUUUGUUGUACAUCUUGAGUUUGAAGAUGCCACUCCCAGCUGCUCUAGCCGCAAGACUUAAGAAAAGAGGUCUGAUUAAAGAAGACAACGCUUCACAAGAUCCACAUGAGGAAAUCAUAGCUGUUGACUACUCUGAUGACACGCCCGUACAACAAACAGCGCCCUCUACUGAGGAUGUCGUGGUUGCGCCAGCAGCGGGGGAGACACUCCCCUCGGGAUGGUUCAAGGUCAAAGAUCACAUCAGUGGUUAUUACUAUUAUUGGGACUCAGACAAAGAUUUGGUCUCCUGGCUCUCACCUAAAGAUCCUAAGGCACAAGUAACACUAUCAGCCACGAAGCUGAAAGAACUCCAAGAACGUAAAGCCAAGAUGCAAGCUCAACCGCAACCGCUACCGCCAGGAACUGAAACAAGAAACCAAGUAGAGAGACAUGGUGCACCAUCGGUUGGUCCAAUGAGGCCGGGUAUUGAGUUACGUAAACAAACAGAGAGACAUGAGAGACCAUCUCCCUAUCAGAGACCUCAUAGAGAAGACAGAGAUUCUCAUCAAAGACAGAGGCGGAAGAAAGAUGAUGAGCUCGAUCCGAUGGAUCCCAGCAGUUAUUCCGACACUCCACGAGGUAACUGGUCCUCGGGUCUCCCUAAGACAAACGAAGCAAAGACUGGAGUAGACGUAACGGCAAAUGGACCCCUAUUUCAGAUGAGACCUUACCCUAGUCCCGGUGCAGUCCUAAGAGCCAAUGCUGGUAAAUGAAACAGCCACUGUGAAUUUGUUCUUUUUAAUAUUGUGCAUAAAGACAUUGUGAUUGACUAUUUCAUGUGUGGUUCGGCUGGUAGCUUUUAAUUGGCGCAUGAAACGGCAGUUGCAGUAACAUCAGGAUCGCUUCGUCAUUUCAUGUUCUUCAUGACCGAGGUGUUAAUGGAAUAGUUUUUAGACUGUUGAAAUGAAUCACCCAAAGCUUUUGGAUGGAAGGGAAUUAUUAUUUGUAACUUCAGAAUAAUUAGACCAGUCUGAUGCAACCUAGUGUACGAACAUCACCCGUUGAACAUGUUUGUUCCUGGUACGCACCGUGUCGCAGUUUCAUGUCAGCGCAUCAUCUGGAGCCGGCAUGCUGUUUCAAUGGAUUUUUCCUGAUCUCAGGAUUUGCUGUAUCUGUAUCUGUUCAGUACUGCACACAAACUCCACUAUCGGGAUAUCAAUGGUGCAGGCGCGUGGUGGCUAGUAGUGGAUUAAUAGUGGGCCCCCUGAAUAAAGGUAGCAUGUCAUUUAAUCUUCUCAAAACAGCCUUCAUAUUGUUUUUUAAAGAAGUCAAGCAGUCGCCAAGGGAUUGGAGGAAUAGUCGACAUUGAGUACAAACCUGUAGUUUUGUCUUUGUAGUGAUCCACAGAGUUUGUAAAUCUUCUGAAUUUUAACAUGUGGGAGGUUUUGCAUCUGUAAGGCAGAGGAUCCCCUGACAGCAAGCUACCGUUUCAGAAAUGUUCACUGUCCUCACUGAGAUAAUUUUGUUUACGUGAAACAUUCGAUUUAGUUUUUUUUGGUUUUAUUUCUUUGUUACAUGACUGUUAAAUGCUUAACAAUUUGCUUUAACUCUCCUCUUUUAAAAAUAAAAUAAAUUCAUUACAUGA